CCUCACCAUGCAGAAGAGCGUACGUUACAAUGAGGGGCACGCCCUGUACUUGGCCUUUCUGGCCCGCAAAGAGGGCACCAAGCGCGGUUUCCUGAGCAAGAAGGCAGCCGAGGCGAGCCGCUGGCACGAAAAGUGGUUCGCCCUCUACCAGAAUGUGCUGUUCUACUUUGAGGGCGAGCAGAGCGGCCGCCCGGCCGGCAUGUACCUCCUGGAAGGCUGCAGCUGCGAGCGGGCACUCGCGCCGCCCAGGGCCGGAACCGGGCCGGGCAGCGCCCGGGACGCGCUGGACAAGCAGUAUUACUUCACAGUUCUUUUCGGCCACGAAGGUCAGAAACCACUAGAGCUGCGCUGUGAGGAGGAGCAGGACGGUAAAGAGUGGAUGGAGGCCAUUCACCAAGCUAGUUAUGCAGACAUUUUGAUUGAGAGGGAAGUGUUAAUGCAGAAGUACAUUCAUCUCGUUCAGAUCGUAGAGACAGAAAAAAUUGCUGCCAACCAGCUCCGGCAUCAGCUUGAAGAUCAAGAUACAGAAAUCGAAAGGCUUAAAUCAGAGAUUAUCGCUCUUAAUAAAACCAAGGAACGAAUGAGACCUUACCAAAGCAAUCAAGAAGAUGAGGAUCCAGACAUCAAGAAGAUUAAAAAGGUUCAGAGCUUCAUGCGAGGCUGGUUAUGUAGAAGGAAGUGGAAGACCAUCGUGCAGGAUUACAUUUGCUCUCCUCAUGCUGAAAGUAUGAGGAAGAGAAACCAGAUUGUGUUCACCAUGGUCGAGGCCGAGUCAGAGUACGUUCACCAGCUCUACAUCCUGGUCAACGGCUUCCUCCGGCCCCUGCGAAUGGCAGCCAGCUCCAAGAAGCCCCCCAUCAGCCAUGAUGAUGUCAGCAGUAUUUUUCUCAACAGUGAAACAAUUAUGUUUCUUCAUGAAAUAUUUCAUCAAGGACUAAAGGCCAGGAUAGCCAACUGGCCCACGUUAAUUUUAGCUGAUCUGUUUGAUAUUUUACUCCCCAUGCUGAACAUUUAUCAAGAAUUUGUGCGUAAUCACCAGUACAGCCUCCAAGUGCUCGCCAAUUGUAAGCAAAACAGAGACUUCGACAAACUCUUGAAACAGUAUGAAGCCAACCCUGCCUGUGAGGGGAGGAUGCUGGAAACGUUCCUGACCUAUCCAAUGUUUCAGAUUCCUAGGUACAUCAUCACGCUUCAUGAACUCCUAGCUCAUACUCCCCAUGAGCAUGUGGAGAGGAAAAGUCUGGAAUUUGCUAAAUCAAAACUAGAGGAGCUAUCCAGGGUAAUGCACGAUGAAGUGAGUGACACUGAAAACAUAAGGAAGAACCUUGCCAUAGAAAGAAUGAUUGUGGAAGGCUGUGAUAUCUUGCUGGACACCAGCCAAACUUUCAUCCGCCAAGGUUCUCUUAUUCAAGUACCUUCCGUUGAGAGGGGGAAACUUAGUAAAGUUCGCCUGGGUUCAUUGUCUUUGAAAAAGGAAGGAGAAAGACAAUGCUUCCUAUUUACAAAACACUUUUUAAUUUGUACAAGAAGUUCAGGAGGAAAGCUGCAUCUGCUCAAGACAGGUGGCGUUCUCUCUCUCAUAGAUUGUACAUUGAUCGAGGAGCCUGAUGCAAGCGAUGAUGACUCCAAAGGUUCUGGGCAAGUGUUUGGACACCUGGAUUUUAAAAUAGUGGUGGAGCCUCCUGACGCUGCUCCUUUCACUGUAGUCUUGUUAGCACCUUCCCGCCAAGAGAAAGCUGCCUGGACAAGUGACAUAAGUCAGUGUGUGGACAACAUACGGUGUAAUGGUCUAAUGACCAUAGUGUUUGAAGAAAAUUCCAAAGUCACUGUGCCACAUAUGAUUAAGUCCGAUGCCCGUCUUCACAAGGAUGACACCGACAUUUGCUUCAGUAAAACACUCAACUCCUGCAAAGUGCCCCAGAUCCGUUACGCUAGCGUGGAGCGCCUCUUGGAGCGGCUGACAGACCUGCGGUUUCUUAGCAUCGAUUUCCUCAACACCUUUCUGCACACCUAUCGGAUUUUCACCACAGCAGCCGUGGUGCUGGGGAAGCUUUCCGAUAUAUACAAGAGGCCUUUCACCUCGAUCCCCGUCAGGUCUUUGGAAUUGUUCUUUGCCACCAGCCAGAACAACAGAGGUGAACACUUGGUGGAUGGCAAAUCCCCACGCCUGUGUCGCAAAUUCUCUUCCCCACCGCCACUGGCUGUGUCCAGAACGUCCUCCCCGGUGAGGGCCAGAAAGCUGUCCUUGACUUCUCCCUUGAACUCAAGGAUAGGAGCAUUGGACCUGACCACCUCCUCCGCGUCCAGCAGCCCUACCACCACCCAUAGCCCUGCCGGGUCCCCACCACCGCACACUGGUAAAGUACCGCUGGAUCUUAGCAGAGGCCUUUCUUCUCCAGAACAAAGCCCGGGAGCUGUGGAAGAGCAUGUAGAUAACCCUCGCGUGGAUCUGUGUAACAAGCUGAAACGAAGUAUUCAAAGAGCAGCAGUCCUAGAGUCUGGACCAGUGGACCGAGCAGGAGUGGAAAGCUCCCCAGCGACUGAUGCCACAGAACUUUCACCUUGCCGGUCACCCUCGACUCCUCGGCACCUCCGCUACCGCCAGCCUGGAGGACAGACGGCUGACAACUCCCACUGCUCUGUUUCACCUGCUUCUGCUUUUGCAAUUGCCACGGCUGCAGCAGGACACGGGAGUCCACCAGGAUUUAACAACGCCGAGAGAACAUGUGACAAAGAAUUCAUUAUACGUAGAUCGGCCACCAAUCGAGUACUGAACGUCCUCCGUCACUGGGUCUCAAAGCACGCACAGGAUUUUGAACUCAACAACGAACUAAAGAUGAAUGUCCUAAAUUUGCUCGAAGAAGUUUUGCGAGACCCAGACCUUCUUCCCCAAGAAAGGAAAGCCACGGCGAAUAUCCUGAGGGCCCUUUCACAAGAUGAUCAAGAUGACGUCCACCUAAAACUAGAGGAUAUAAUUCAAUUGACAGACUGUCCGAAGGCCGAGUGCUUUGAGACCCUGUCGGCCAUGGAGUUGGCCGAGCAGAUCACACUCCUGGACCACAUCAUUUUCAGGAGCAUUCCCUACGAAGAAUUCCUUGGGCAGGGGUGGAUGAAGCUGGAUAAAAAUGAAAGAACACCUUACAUUAUGAAAACCAGCCAGCACUUCAAUGAUAUGAGUAACCUGGUGGCCUCCCAGAUCAUGAAUUACGCCGAUGUCAGCUCCCGAGCCAACGCGAUCGAGAAGUGGGUGGCCGUGGCGGACAUCUGCCGGUGUCUGCACAACUACAACGGCGUGCUGGAGAUCACCUCAGCCUUGAACCGAAGUGCCAUCUACCGGCUGAAGAAAACCUGGGCCAAGGUGUCCAAGCAGACAAAAGCUCUAAUGGACAAGCUUCAGAAGACUGUUUCAUCUGAAGGAAGAUUUAAGAAUCUCAGAGAAACUCUUAAAAAUUGUAACCCCCCAGCUGUUCCUUAUCUGGGGAUGUACCUGACAGACCUGGCGUUUAUUGAAGAAGGAACACCCAACUUUACUGAGGAAGGCCUUGUCAAUUUCUCCAAGAUGAGAAUGAUAUCACACAUCAUCAGAGAGAUUCGCCAGUUCCAGCAGACCUCCUUUCGCAUAGACCAUCAGCCAAAGGUCACGCAGUACUUGCUUGACAAAGCCCUCAUCAUAGAUGAAGAUACGCUCUAUGAUCUGUCACUAAAAAUUGAACCUCGGCUCCCUGCUUGACCAUCUGGCUUCGCCCCGAGUCCGUGGAAUUUUCAUGGAAAGCAGAACGGACAGAACUGUGCAUGCUGUGCCUCCCAAAGAGCAGGGAGGACUGGGGAUGGAGACCAAGCCAGUCUCCUUUGUCCACCGAAGACGACAGAACCAAACUGGAAUUCUGUCUCCAGCCAGGGAAGCGCAGCUGGUUGGGGUUAAAGACAGAUGCUUCAGGCUUGGGUGGGAAGGUGAAGAAGAUGGAUAUUUGAUAAAGCUGAGGGCACAUCUGCCUGAGGGAAUAUCAAGAGGGGAGGUGCUGGUAGCCCGAUUUCAUGAAGCAGGAAAGAAGGUGAAUUUGAAACUGCUCCAUGUUCUGUUAGAACUUGGGGGACGAGCGUCCAUGGAAAAGGCCUGCGAUAUUUCGCUGGCACUUGACCAACCGGGUGCACCUCCCAAUCUCCUCCUGGGAUUUAACUGUUACAUUUCCUUUGUUACAAGCUUCCAGAAGAGCCGAAGCUGCUUCUGUCGGUUUGGGCGACGCAUAAGCAAUUUCAGUCUAGAGCAUGUGCAUGGUUCUCAGCGCAUUAUAAAAAAUUAACAUCGGAGGAAUGGCAUGUUCUGAAACUGCUCUUUCAGUCUUUAGGCAACAGGGCAGGAAAGACGCUAAAAGUCAAGUGGAUCUGUACGUAAGUUUUCCAGGAUUGAAAACCAAGUAACUGAGUCCCCAGGACUGUUUUGAGUCGGUGGGAGGGGCUUCUUCCUGAGGCUGUGGAGCCCAGGAAGCCAAUGCCCUUGGAGAGGCAGGUGCAUGCUUUGCAACAAUAUGCCCACGCUCCUCACCGACAAAACUGUGGAAGAGGACAGAAGGCCACCAAGUGCUACAGGGAAGAAGAGUGGGUUUCAAUGCUAAGUGAAAAGAUGUACUUAAAAUGUAUCAUCUCUGCUCCCUGCUGUGCUCCGCCCCCCCCCCCCAUGUGGUAAUCUAUUCUGAUUUACACGAACCAUUUUUAAGCCCACUAUGAACAUUGGAUGUAUUCUUUUGAAGCUGUUUAUUGAGACUUCCUUUUUAUAACCGCCCCCCCCCCCAUUCCGUGUGCUGUUGGAAGACAGUUUUCCCCCAGUCAUCUUUGUUUUUAGAUUUUGAGGCAUUUCUGAGUGAAAAUGUUCUAAGUAUAUGGGAAAUGGGCCCAACCUCUCAACAGCUCUUACAUCAGAAAGCCAAAUUCAAGGGUUGGUCCUCCUCCCUUAGGCUGGGAAAGUAAUCUUGCUUUCCCCAGGGUUUGUAGGUUGUUGAAGAAAUAGGGCUCUCUCAUGUUUACCUCCCUCUUCUCUUCUCAGGGAGACCUCUGCUUUAAAAGAAGGAAAAGAAAAAAAAUACAGUUAUUAUUACCUGAGCCUAUUGCACCUGGCAUUAUCCCUAAGAGGCAUGAGGCGUAUGGAUGCUGACAGUGAAAAAAAUUGAUCUGUUUGGCUGUUUUCCAUCUUUCUUUGCACUUUAAUUAUGUUGUUAGAGCUAACAACUGACUAAUAAAUUCAAUUUGCUGGCUCCUAA